UAUAUUUAAUAUCGAUAUUGCUAUCGACUAUAGAAAACCUACACACGAUGGAUGUAGUGGUUUUUAAUAGUGGGCUAAUUUGGAAAUGCUGAAAGUGUCUGUAAAGUACUGUCUCAUACGUUAAUUCAAAUUUCUGUGGUUUUAAUCGUACUCUUGUAAAUUUUCCUAACUAGAGUGAGUUAAAAAUUGUAUAUAGCAUGCCGCAGUUUCAUAAAAUUGAAAUAAAUCGGACCGAAUGGGAGGUUCCGGAACGGUAUCAAAUGCUCACUGCAGUAGGAUCAGGAGCUUACGGUCAAGUGUGUUCAGCAGUUGAUACUACGACUGGGCAAAAAGUAGCGAUUAAAAAAUUAGCUAGACCAUUCCAGUCAGCAGUACACGCAAAACGUACAUAUAGAGAGCUUCGUAUGUUGAAACAUAUGAAUCAUGAAAAUGUAAUCGGUCUAUUAGAUGUAUUUCAUCCAUCUUCAUCUUUGGAAGAUUUUCAGCAAGUAUAUUUAGUUACACAUUUGAUGGGUGCAGAUCUCAAUAAUAUUGUAAGGACUCAGAAGCUUUCGGAUGAUCAUGUACAAUUUCUUGUGUAUCAGAUUCUUCGUGGUUUGAAGUAUAUUCAUUCAGCAGGCAUAAUACACAGGGAUUUGAAACCCUCUAACAUAGCUGUAAAUGAAGAUUGCGAGCUAAAAAUUUUAGAUUUUGGAUUAGCUAGGCCUACAGAGAAUGAAAUGACUGGUUAUGUUGCAACAAGAUGGUACAGAGCUCCAGAAAUUAUGCUUAAUUGGAUGCACUAUAAUCAAACAGUCGACAUUUGGUCUGUUGGCUGUAUAAUGGCUGAAUUGUUAACAGGACGAACAUUAUUUCCUGGAACGGAUCAUAUACAUCAACUGAACUUAAUAAUGGAGAUACUGGGUACUCCGCGAGACGAGUUUAUGCAAAAAAUAUCAUCAGAGUCGGCAAGAAAUUAUAUACAAAGCCUACCUCCAUUAAAGAAAAAGAACUUCAAAGAUGUUUUCCGAGGUGCUAAUCCUCUAGCCAUAGAUUUGCUUGAAUUAAUGUUAGAAUUAGACGCGGAAAAACGAAUUACAGCAGAACAAGCUCUAGCUCAUCCGUAUCUUGCGCAAUAUGCUGAUCCAUCAGACGAACCGGUAUCUCUACCAUAUGAUCAAAGCUUUGAAGAUAUGGAUUUACCGGUUGAAAAAUGGAAAGAACUUGUUUAUCAUGAAGUUAUAAACUUUGUACCUCAACAACUACCUGCAAUGUCUUCACCGAUUGAAUCCACGUCAUAAAAUUGUGUCAGUAGCGCAAGUAAUGAUAUAGGUAUUAAACACGGAUUAUCAGCAUAAUGAAACAAACAAACAACUGAACCAGUUAACAUCUAUGGAAUUAGGUUCACCAGGAAAAGAUUGUGGUUGCCCCU